AUGAUGUCAUUGUUUGUUGGGGACGCGCAAGAAGUGAAGGCCGUAUACAACGCGUACUGCGAGGGCCGGACUCAGCCCUUGCCGUUGGGGGCGUUGAAGAGCAAUACGGGUCACUCGGAGGGCGCCUCUGGUAUAUCAUCGGUGAUCAAAGUGUUGAUCGCAUUCGAGAAUCAAUGCAUUCCUCCAAACAUUAAUUUAAAACAAUUGAAGGAAGAGUUGAAGAGAUAUUUUCCACCCCUUAUGAUCAUCACUGAGAAACAUAAUUAUGAGCCUGGUUUAGCGGCAAUCAAUAACUUUGGUAUCGGAGGCACUAAUGUUCACGUAUUGCUCGAACCCAACACCAAAUUGGGAACCAGUGAUGGCCCGACAAUCUGCCAAAAUAUCCCUAGAAUUGUAAAUAUUUGCGGCCGAACUCAAGAUGCGGUCAAUCGUGUCAUGGAUUUCAUACAAAACAACCCAAAGAGAGUGACGAAUGACUUUUUGGCACUUUUGGCACCAGUUAUGAGAUUUUCACCCGAUAUUAAUUCAGGGGGAAUGCCAUACAGGGGAGUAAUGAAAGGUAAAAGUGCUCGACCUCUAUGGCUAGUGUUCCCGGGUUUGGGCGGUCAGUGGCCGGCAAUGGCUAAGGCUUUGAUGACAAUCAAGAUAUUCGCCGAUAAAGUGGAAGAAUGCCAUCAAAUACUACACGAGUUUGGAAUCGAUUUAAAAAAUCUAUUGUUAUCUGAAGACAAGACAGCGAUGUCUACAAUGACUGCAAAGUUCUGUUCGACGACUGCAUUAGAGAUAGCGAUGUUUGAAGUGAUGAAAGCGCUGGACAUCACACCCGACGGCAUAAUUGGCCACUCGUUUGGAGAAACCGCUUGUGCUUACGCUGACGGAUGUCUGUCCACAAGAGAUGCUAUGAUUGCCGCGUAUUUUAGGGGAACAAUCACUGAAAAUGAUAACAAAAUACCGAAAGGAUUGAUGGCUGUCGUGGGGCUGUCCAGAGAUGAAGCUUUGAAAUGGUGUCCAAACGGUGUUUUCAUUGCCUGUAAUAAUGCCAAGAAUAGUGUCGUUGUUUCCGGUUUAAUAAAUGAAAUGAAAGCAUUGAUCCAUACGUUGACCAAAAAGGGAGUAUUUGUGCGACAGUUAGAGAGUUGUGAAAUCCCAUAUCAUUCACAAUAUCUGAUCACAUCUGCAAAGCCUAUCACUGAAGCCAUUAAGAAAUAUACACAAAAUCCAAAACUCCGGUCCCGGAAAUGGGUGUCCACUUCACUCAUGGCUACCGAUCCCAGCGAUGAGGCGUUGAAAUACGCUUCGGCCGAGUAUUUCGUAUACAAUCUCUUAAAUCCGGUCCACUUUUACGAUCGACUCAAAGAUCUGCCUUCGGAUGCAAUUGUCUUAGAAUUAGGUCCGCAUUCAGUGUUCGGCAAAAUAGUGACCGAAACUCUCGACAACUGUACGUAUGUUUCGCUCAUUAAAAAAGAUUCAAACGAUACAAAUCUGGACACUCUAUUGACUGGAUUGGCGACACUUUACGAGUCGGGUAUAAAUAUUUCAAUUGAAAAAUUGUACGCUCGAGUAGAGUGGCCAGUGGCCAGAAGUACACAAUCAAUUAGUUCGUUGAUUCAAUGGGAACACAAGGAAUCAAUUAAUUGGCCGUUAUAUCCACACAAUUACAACAGUAUGAAUGUCAGUGAUUACAAUUUCACUAUAGAUGCCAUCACUCAUAAAAGUCAUAUGUUGUAUUUGGACCACUCGGUUGAUGGCAACCCUAUAUUCCCGGCCACCGGGUAUCUAAUGCUCGCGUGGCGUAAACUGGCGGCUAGUAUUGGCAAACUCUGGUAUGAGGUGCCCGUUAUAUUCGAGCAUGUUCAAUUUAAAAGGGCUGUAUUUUUAAAAGUUUCGUCUAAAACUAAACUGACUGUAAAGUAUUUUGCCGCAACAGCCGAGUUUGUUGUGUUAGAGGCGGACGACGUGUGUGUUGUGGGGAAAGUGCGGAAUCCAAAAGACGACGUCUUACUCACGCCUAACGCUAUACUCGACAGACAGAAACUGAUGGCCAGUACUCAGUACUCACUCGACAGGAAAGACAUCUAUAAGGAGUUGGGAGUCGUGGGCCUCGACUACGGACAGCACUUUCAACGCCUCCGACGCAUUCAGACCAACGAUUUCAGAGAAAUUUAUGGCAUCAAUGAAUGGGACGGCAAUUGUGUGACAUAUUUGGACGCAAUGUUACAAUCGAUGACAUUUGUAAACCCUUUCCGUAUAUUAAAGCUUCCGGUGAUGAUCCGCAGCGUACGAGUGGACCCGCGAGUGCUGUUCGCCGCUAUCCGACGGAAUCAUAAUUUAGUCACAACAGAGUCUGAAAAUAACAACCAAGAUACAUUAGCUGAUUUAGGGAUGUACCAUGGUCAGGUUGACCACAAUGAAAGAGAUACCAAUAUAUAUAAGGAAGUCAUUGGACUUGAAAAAGAAAGAAGCACUCAAUUUGAAAAGCGAUUCUGUAUUUUCUCGGCUGAUAUGCCCUUAUAUUUCAACGCAAAGACCAAUAAACUGGUGGCCAAUGGACUCGAGAUUGAAGGCCUGCAAACACUUCCCAUACAACGCCGUACGGAUGGCACGGAUCUGGUGUUAAAUUCGUAUGGUUUUUAUCCCAAUCACGACACGACAGCAAUCGAUGCGUUUGAACGCAACGUAUUUGUCAAUUAUUUAGAGCAAAAAAUGAUUGCCUCUAAAGAAUCAUCAAAUUUGAUGGAAAAUGUAUGGCUUGUGGCGAAUGACUCGUGUAUUAACGGAAUCAUAGGUUUAAUGAAUUGUUUGCGAUUAGAACCGGGAGGAGAGGUAUUCCGCUAUAUCUUCCAUAUGGACACCAAUACUGACACCAAUACUGACACUAACAUUGACUUCAAUACUAUACCCUAUUCUGAUAUAUUGGCCAACGAUUUGAUGGCAAAUGUUAUUAAAGGGGGGAAAGUAGGAACUUAUCGGCACUCAAAACUUCCCAAAGAUUACGACAAGUGCGUAUCAGAUAAUUAUUACCUUAAUUGGGGACAAACACGUGAUUUGUCUUCACUUCAAUGGGCUGACACCGGGCAACGGGUGAUGGGACUGGAGUUCGGGCGCAUGUUUUGCACGACAGCCAACGUAGCGGACAAUUAUAUGACUGCUAUUCCCGAGCACUGGUCAAUGGCAGAGGCGGUGACUGUGUUGACCACAUAUAGUACUGUACACUACGGGCUCAUUAAAAGGGCGAAUCUUAGUAAAGGCGAAAGUGUUUUGAUUCAUUCGGCGGCGGGAGGUGUGGGUCAGGCGGCUAUCUAUGUGUGUAAACACUAUGAAUGCGAUAUCUAUGCGACGGUUGGGACCGAAGAGAAGAAACAGUUUUUGAUUAAUGAAUACAAUAUUCCCGAGAAUCGGAUAUUCAGUUCAAGAGAUAUACUCUUCAAGAAUGAGAUAAUGGAUGCGACGGACGGACAGGGAGUGGAUGUUGUGCUCAAUUCACUGACGGGUGAGAAACUGAGCGCCGGUUUAGAGUGUCUGGCAUUUAGCGGACGGUUUGUAGAGAUAGGAAAGUAUGACAUGAUUUACAACAAGCAGUUGGCAAUGAAUGACUUCAUACGUAAUAUACAGUUUAUCGGAGUUUCCGUCGACGGGAUUAUAAUUAAUGAUAUCCACUAUUUGGAUGAGUUUUACAAUUGGAUGCAUAAGAACUGUACGAAUGGUUGCGUAAAACCAUUGAAUUAUACAGUGUUUGAGGCCAAGGAUGCGGACAAAGCAUUUCGUUAUAUGACAAGCGGUGAACACAUCGGGAAAGUCAUUGUAAAGAUGAGGGAAGAGGAAAAAGAAAGAACUGCCCUUACAUUCAUUAAACCGGUUCCCAAACUAUUGGUUUCCGUUAAGACUUAUUUCAAUCCAAAUAAAGUUUAUAUAAUAACCGGAGGUUUGGGUGGUUUUGGUCUGGAAUUGAUUCCAUGGAUGCAAUCAUUGGGCGCACGAAAAUUUGUGGUCACUUCCAGAUCUAGCCUUAAGACUGAUUAUCAGAAGUUUAUUUACAAUCGUUUUCAAUAUAUAUCAAACGAGAAAAAGUAUUUUGACUGCCAAUGGCUUAUAUCGACGGCCAAUGGUUUGACAAUUGAAGGCACAAAACAACUGUUAAAUGAGGCCAAAGAGUUGGCACCCAUUGGAGGGGUAUUUCAUUUGGCGCUUGAAUUAAACGAUUCUUUGUUUGAAAACAUAACGAUUGAAAAGUUCUGUUCAUCUAUUGAUACAAAACACAAGAUCUUUGCAAACUUGGAUCAAAUGACUCGACAAUUGCACUAUAAAUUGGAUUAUUUUGUUGUGUUCUCAUCGGCUGUUUGUGGUAAAGGACAUAACGGACAGUCAAACUAUGGUUUCGGUAACUCUUUAUGCGAACGCAUUUGCGAAGAGAGACGAAGGGAUGGAUUGCAUGGACUGGCCGUACAGUACGGACCCAUCGCUGAUGUGGGAGUACUUGAAGACAUAAACCAAGUGGUGAUGUUGUCAACAAUGAAAAAACAACGGAUCCACUCGUGUUGUAAUGUUUUGGACAAAUUACUAGCGAUUAAACAACCGAUCGUUACAUCGCAUGUAAUUAAUUACAAAUAA